GUCCAGUUGAAGGCCGAGAUGUGGCACCCUCUGACCUUGCGAGUCGCAGCGGCAGUUCUCACUUUAGAAAUUCCUCGCUAGCCAUCAUGAGUAUCCUGCAUCAAUCUUCAAGCGACGUCGUUGUCGGCGGUCUCGCGCGGCUCAGUCCGAUGAGGCUUUUGCCUGAGAGGUACUCGCGUCACAUGCAGACUGUGAACAAGCUCAAGCAGAUCCGCAGCGUCCUGGUGUCGGCUGCCAAUGGAAAUUAUGCUAUCGACGUGUACACUCCGUCACAGUCGAGAUCUCGCAUCCCCACGAGUUUCAAGACAAAGGCUCAGCAUUUGGACGCCCACAUUGAGAAGCAUUUCAGCGACUUUGUCGCUCUUCGGGACGAACUCUACGAGACGUGCAAAACGUCCCACCCGACUAUGAGCUGCCCAUUCUGCACUGAAGUAGCUGGCAUUCUACUUCUAGGAGCUGCGCUUCCGGGUCCAGUGUUGAGCUUGGUGCUCUCACAGCGCCAGCGAACCAAGGCAGUGCAGCGCUUCGUUGAGAAUUUGCUGCAGCUCGCAGCUUCGUGCCCCGUCAUCGACUUCAACGCUUGUCCGUGUCAGGAGCAGCUCCCACGAGAGCUCUUUAUGUUCCUCUUCGGCGAGUCCGACCCGUUGACUUGAAGACGUCGCAUGUAAAGAGAGCCUCAAUUUAUCUAUUCUUACUUAAUAAUUGCAAAACAAAUUUACACUAAAAUCUUUAGCGGCUCUUCCGUAACGAUUAAUGAAAAAUAUUCACAUCUGAGUUAUCGGUGC